AUGGCAGUGAUGGAAUUAGCACGGGAAGAAGACAAAUGGAUCCGCAAACUCGGAGAGGCACUUUGGAUUCGGGAGCGCUGCGACGGAUGUGAUUCCAAUCGGCCGUGUUCUGAUCAAUGUCCAGGAAGUCGCUACGAGAAAUUGGCACGUUAUGUCCAGUUUUGCAAGGCUGUAGUUGAUCCAGAGCACGAUGAGUCGACACUCCGCGCUUUCCUUCGAGACGAAGCCAAAUUGCUGGAAAUUGUGAGGGUACUUCGCAGUAAUCCUGAUAUCACGCGGGAAGAGCUAGAACGGGUUGUCAAACAUAUGAUAGUCGGGACGGUAACCAUCAUACCACCGACGGUCUUGGUUGGUCAUGCGGUCAAAAUUAUGACCAUGCUUGACUCUGCGCCGGCUCUUCAAACAUCCCCCCAGCGUUUAGAGAAUGCUGAGGCAAGAGUACCAUGGAGCCCCAAGUCAACAUUCUCUGAAUUUGUCGAACAAGCCUUUCCAACAACAAAGCAUUCAAUUCUCAGCGACCAUACCCACAGUGAUUUCGAUGAAUUUAUCGGCGACUUAAGUGCAGUUAACAUCAGGAACGCCCUAAAGGUCAGCAUCCGCGGAACGAGCAUUUUGCAAGAUCAUCUGAAGCUCGACCGGAGAUCCAACGUCCUGGAAAUAUAUCACCAUACCGCCUUCAUAAAAGAGCAACUAAGGCAGACAAAGGAUGCUAAAGAUUUGACUGUAGCGCAGAGUUUGAAACGUGGUUGCCUUCCUAGACAGUUGCUCCUCGAAGUCCUUGAUUCGUUAGAGACCGUACUGUUCCCCUUAGCACAAAAGAAUCCUCGGAAAUUACUGGAUUUUCUUAUAAGUAAAGAGAACUGGGACCCUGAUAUAUGCCGUCCUGAUUUCAACGGAUCUCGAACCGAUGGCGAGGCUACCGUAUCCUAUCAUCACCUCGCUAGCCGUCUGUCCGAGCUGCAUCACGAAUUGGAAAAUCCAAGACCCAAGGGGCAGUUUAAAAAGUUCAUGGCGAGGAAGGCUUCUGAUAGGCAUAUUAUGAUGGCCACUCUGGUCGGCGUGAUAAUUGCGCUGCUGUUCGGUUUGGCUGCAUUGAUUAUCAGUUGCGUGCAAACAUGGAUCUCGUACCAGGCUUGGAAGUAUCCGGUUUCUUCGGAUUAA